AUGGAUACAUUAGAAUUUGAACAACGUAAUAUUCUUCUAAAAUUAGGAAAUAAUAUUGUGAAUUCAAUAUUUCUUGUGAAUCUUCCAAAAUCGGGGCAGUCUUCUGCUUUUGGAAUUGAUAAGGAUUCUGACAGAGAAAAGCGAGAAACUUGGAUAACCAACAAAUAUGUUCACAAAAUGUUUGCUCGAUCAUAUUUUCGUCCGCAAUCUCAUUCACGUUCACAAACAUCUCUUUCUAUUUUAAAACGUAAAGAUGAAAUUUCUAGUCAAAAAUUAAUUGAAGACAAAAAGGUAGAUGAUGAAAAACAGGAAGAAAAUAGUCAACAAAAAAACAAUUCUUUGACAAGAAAUUUGUCUGGAUCAGAUUCUAAUUUGGUGCAAUCUGCAAAAGAAUCAAUUUCUGAGACAGACAAAGAAUUUACCAAAACUUUGAUUAAUUCAAUAAAAACUGGAAAUAUUGCGGAACUUUUUAAAUGGAUUGUACAGAGAGAUUUUGAUUUGGACGGUCCUGUUAGUGAUGAAUUUAUGACUUGUUUACAUGUUGCUGUUAAGAGUAGACAAGCAACAGUUGUAGAAUUUUUGCUUUUAAAUGGUGCUAAAAUAAAUAUUUGUGAUUGGAAGGGGAAUACAGCACUUCAUCUAGCUUCAAUGGAAGGAUAUACAAUAAUAGUUUAUCAACUAUUAAAACGGAAUGCUGAAAAGACAAUAAAAAAUGAUGAAGGAAAAAUUCCUCUUGAUAUUGCGGUUGAAAAAUGUCAUGCAGAUAUAGUCACCUUACUUAGACUUCAUGAUAUGAAAGAAGAAUUUAAUGAUGACCAAAAUUCAACAUUAGACGAAACUGUGGAAAGCUUUAUUGGAGAUUUGGCUGCAAUGCAAACAAAUCAAAAUUAG